UUCAAAAUCUUCAUAUCUGGUAGGUUAGUUAAAGUAGUUGAGCUUUUUAAACCAACUUUGGAGCCACCUAUAUUCCCUCCACAAGUUCUCUAUCUAUAAAAUUCCAUUCCCUUGUUGUAUUCCUCAUUCCCAACCAUCAAACUCACAAACACAUUUUGUUUUCUUUACUCUUGAACACAUCAAAUUCUCUUGACUAUUCAAAUUCCUAACAUAAACACACAUGGAGCAUUUUCGGUCUCUCUACCGCCUAACUUUGGUAUUAGCCAUUGCUACUGUCAUGGCUGCACCGGCCUACGCCCAGAUCACAACUCCGUGUAACAUAUCAAUGGUAACCAGUUCCAUAAGCCCUUGCAUGAGCUUCCUCACAAAUAGCAGUGGCAACGGAACCUCGCCUACUGCUGAUUGCUGCAAUUCCAUCAAGUCCCUCACAACUGGAAGCAAGGAUUGCCUGUGUCUCGUUGUCACUGGCAAUGUUCCUUUUCAAUUACCAAUCAACAGAACCUUAGCCAUCUCUCUUCCUCGUGCUUGCAACUUGGCUGGUGUUCCACUCCAAUGCAAAACCUCAGGUUCACCACUUCCUGCGCCAGGACCGGCGUCUUUUGGCCCGUCUCUUUCUCCAGCAUCUACCCCAGCUGCUCCAUCUCUUAGUCCUCAAGGUUCUUCUGUACUCCCCUCACCAAUUACACCUUCUCUGCCACCACAGCCCGAAUCAACCACUCCAUCAUCUUCGCCAGUGAAUCCCGAUAUCCCAUCCGCAACACCCGGAAGCGGCCGCUCCAAUGUCACUCCAUCGUCUGCUGGAUCAUUAUCUCACACUCUCCUAUCAUCUGCUGUGGUCAUUUUAUUUGGAUUUGCUGUUUCUAAACACUACUAGGCUUCUGUUUUUGACAUCCUACCUAAGUUUUCUGCAAGAAAUCAAUAGUUUGUUGCAAUAUGUGUGAACCCAUAUUGGGGGUGGAUUUGUAUUUUUAUGUAAUAUAUAUAUGUGUGCAUUGAAAAUUAAUUAAAUGUUUUUCACUUUUUCAGUCAAAAAGUUUGUUAGCCAA